GAGAGACAGUGACAGUGAUAUUAUUCUGAAAUGUCAUACUGUCGACGAAUCCAGUUAUAGCUUGAUUAGAGAUCCCCGAAAUGUUAUUUUUUAUUGUUAGAUCAUAAUUUUACAAAUUUAUCUAUAAAUUCAAACCUCACAUCACUUCCAUUUCUCAAAGAAUAAAAUGAGAUAUGGUUUUCAACUUCUUCUUUUUCUUGUUUCCACACUAUUCUAUUUCUCGAUUGGCAAAGACGAACCAAUCGGAUACGGAUAUAAGAUUCGAUCAGUCGAAGUCGAUGGCGGAAGAUCAUUGACUGCUGUUCUUGAUGUAAUUCGAAGUUCAUCCGUUUUUGGUCAUGACAUACAAUAUCUCAAGCUCCAAGCCAGCUUUGAGAAUGCUGACCGGCUGCGAGUUCAUAUAACCGAUUUGGAUAAAAAGAGAUGGGAAAUUCCAGAUGAGAUUCUGCCUCGGAACACUACAACUGCUACCGCUGCGAAUCUGUUACUAGCUGAAAAUGACGCAUCAUCAUCUAUUCAAGGGCCUGGUUCUGAUCUCAUAUUCACUCUCCACAACUCCUCCACCUUCGGUUUUUCGAUCUCCCGUAAAUCUACCGGCGACGUUCUCUUCAGCACUUCUAGUAGUGAUUUAUUUGUGUUCAAGGACCAGUACAUACAAAUUUCAUCAUCACUACCGGCAAAUAGAUCUUCGAUAUACGGGUUAGGUGAACAGACUAAGAGGACAUUCCGUUUACAAAAAGGCGAUAAGAGGACACUGUGGAAUUCUGAUAUUGCUAGUUACAAUGUAGACCAAAGUCUUUACGGAUCGCAUCCGUUUUAUAUCGAUGUCAGAACGCCGUUAAAGAACAGUCAAGCAGCAGGGACUACUCAUGGUGUUUUAUUGCUCAACAGUAAUGGAAUGGACAUUGUCUAUGAAGGCUCUAAAAUAACUUAUAAAGUUAUUGGAGGUGUCAUAGAUUUCUACUUCUUUGCUGGCCCUUCGCCGAAAUCUGUCAUCAAUCAGUAUACUGAACUUGUUGGCCGCCCUGCACCCAUGCCAUACUGGUCCUUCGGAUUUCACCAGUGUCGAUACGGAUACCAAAACGUGUCUGUUCUUGAGGAAGUAGUUGCUAGAUAUGCAAAUGCUGGUAUCCCACUGGAAGUUAUGUGGACAGACAUCGAUUACAUGGAUAAGUUCAAGAUUUUCACUCUUGAUCCUGUAAACUUUCCAGAAGACCGAAUGAAGAGUUUCGUUGAUAAACUUCACAAGAAUGGCCAGAAAUACGUUGUGAUUAUAGAUCCUGGAGUUGGCAUAGAUGGCACAUACGGAACGUACCAGCGAGGGAUUAAAGAAGAUAUAUUCAUAAAAAGACACGGCAAACCGUACCAAGGCAAGGUCUGGCCAGGAGACGUCUACUUCCCUGAUUUCCUUAACCCGAAAACAGCACCUUACUGGACAAAUGAAAUUGCAAUGUUUCUGAAAACUCUCCCAGUUGACGGUCUGUGGCUUGACAUGAAUGAAGUCUCUAACUUUAUAACCUCCACUGCUGACGGAGGUUCUACUCUUGAUAAUCCUCCCUUCAAGUUUAAUAACGGCAGAAACAUCAAUGAAAAAGCUAUUCCUGUGACUGCUGUUCAUUUUGGCAACAUUACUGAGUAUAAUGUUCACAACACAUAUGGUCACUUAGAGGUGAAAACAACAAAUGCAGCAUUGGAAAAGGUAACCAAGAAAAGGCCUUUUAUACUCACCAGGUCAACUUUUAUCGGGACAGGCAAGUAUGCAGCACAUUGGACUGGCGAUAAUGCGGCUUCUUGGGAUGAUCUUGGAUUUUCAAUUUCAACCAUGCUCAACUUUGGAUUGUUUGGAAUUCCAAUGGUUGGAGCCGAUAUCUGUGGUUUUGCACGCAACACAACUGAGGAGCUCUGUCGACGCUGGAUUCAGGUUGGGGCCUUCUACCCAUUUGCUAGAGACCACUCUGAAAUAACCUCAUCUCCGCAAGAGCUGUAUCUAUGGGACUCUGUUGCAGCAUCAGCAAAGAAAGCUCUGGGGCUGCGGUACCGACUACUCCCUUACUUCUAUACCUUAAUGUACGAGGCACACAUAAACGGGACUCCCAUUGCACGGCCACUGUUCUUUUCUUUCCCUGAGGAUGUAGGGACUUAUGGAAUCAGCUCACAGUUUCUAAUCGGUGAAGGCGUAUUGGUGUCACCAGUAGUGAAACAAGGACAAGUUUCAGUUAAUGCUUACUUCCCUAGGGGAAAUUGGUUUGAUCUGUUCAACUACUCGAAUUCAGUUAGUGCAUCGAAAGGACAUGUUAUCAAACUUGAUGCCCCACAAGAUCAUAUAAAUGUGCAUGUUCGGGAAGGGAAUAUUUUAGCAAUGCAGGGUGAAGCCAUGACUACAAAAGAAGCAAGAAAGACAGGAUUUCAACUUCUGGUGGCAGUAAGCAGCAGUGGUAGUAGUGCUACAGGAGAAGUUUUCUUGGAUGAUGGAGAAGCAGUCAUUAUGGGCGGUGCACAAGGAGGAAACUGGACUCUCGUCAGGUUUUCCAGCAGGGUCUCGGGGGAUAAAAUGACCAUUCAGUCAGAAGUCACAAAUGGGCAGUUUGCCAAGGAUCAGAAAUGGGUAAUAGAGAAGAUUGUUUUUGUUGGUUUGAAAAAGAAGAAGAGUAGUUUGUUCAGAAGGCAUGCAUGGAACCUUGUUCAACGGACAAACGAUGUUUCAGCACCGAAGGUGACCUUUAACUGGAAAGGUACUUUCGGCGUUGCAGAGGUUACAGGGUUAUCACAGACGAUUGCAAAGAAUUUUAACCUCGAGUUUCAAAUCAACUACACCCUGUAAUUAGGAUAAUGCAAUGUGUAUGAACUAGUCCUUUUUUCUACAUACAAUAGGUGAGUUUCUGUUCUUAAUAAAGAUCAAAUAUUACUACAGAACAAUCAUAUACAGCAAGUUGGUUGAAUUAAACCAUGAACUUUGUUAUCCAGCA